AUGGCAGAACCUCGCCGCAUCGUCCUCGCGGAUCCCUUGGCAAGGCCAGGAGAGGUCACCCGCCUGGCCGUCGCCGGCCAAGGCGCCCCCGGCGCUCCCGGUGAUGUCAAGAUGUACGAAUGGGACGGCCAUUCCGAGACUAUGAGCAUGGUCGGACUGCAGACCGACGUUGGAGGUGGUAUCAAGGCCCUCGCCUGGUCACCUCACCCAGCCCAACGGCACCUCCUCUCCAUCGGCCUCAGCACGGGUCGCGUUCACCUCAUCUCCCUCUCGCCGGCUUCCCUCACCUUCCCAUUACGAGGAACCCCCAACCCUUCCUCGGUUUUGAGCGUCAAGCACUCUCGCGCCGUCACGUCUUUGGCAUUCAGCACGCGCGACCCCCACUUGCUCGCAUCAGGCUACGAGAGACACCGUUCAGACCACUCGCUUCUGAUUUGGGACGUGGCCGACGCUAUCGCUUCCCUCCCGCAAGAUCCAGAUGGAGACCACACGUACACCCGUGGCACUGAACGACUGGAAGUGACAAACCCUUACCCGCCGCGCGAGCAGGUGCGCCAUGUGCAGCAGUACUGUGCUGCUGAAGCAGUACACUCCGUUGCAUGGGCUCAUGGGUCUGCCCACGAGCUAUUUGCCAGUGCAAACAACAAGGUCUUGAGGAUGUACGACCUCCGCGCAGCAGCGCGCGACACGUCCACCACCGCAGCCGCACAGUGGGCCACGAGGGCGGUCCAGUUGCUCACUCCCAACCCCGUUGAUGCCCACCGUCUUGCUUCUGUGGAGCCUUCACCUCAAGGUGGCGUGGUGCGAUUGUGGGACACGCGCAAACACGGCCACGAAGUGACCUCUCUCGAUGUCACUGAAGGAGGCAACGUCGUCUCGCUCGAGUGGGCGGGGGCCCACCAGCUGGGUGUGGCUACGCGGGACGGCGGGAUGAAUAUCUGGGAUAUUGUCAACGGGCCCAAGAAGGAUGAUGGGACGGAUGAGUGGGUGACUGUCGCUGGGAUGCGUCAUGUCCUCACCCCCAAGCAACAACUUCACUCGUUUGUUUUUGUACCACAGACCACACCAGCCAAGCGUGAGGUCGUCUUCCUUGUCAAGGACGGCACGAUUGGUGUCGGCCCGUUGUGGAAUGCGCCAGUGAUCGCGUCGUCUUCAAUGGGCGAGCUGGCCGUUUCUGGCACUGACAUCAACAUUCUGGACCCCGAAGUACCUCCUCGCCCGCGCGUCGAGUCGCACCCCUCAGCAAGCCCUCCCCGCUCCCGCGCACACUCGCGCGCACCCUCGCGCGCACACUCUCGCCAAGUCUCACGUACUGGGUCUCCCACCAGGCGUAAUUCUGCCGACGAGCGGCGCAAGAACCGCUUCCAACUUGGCCCUGACCGUGUCACCGCCCUUCUCGCCGAGGAACACCUGCGUGCGCGCAGUCGUUCCGCUAGCCCCAACUAUCUGCGUGCUAGCAGGCGCGACUUGAGGUCCCUGUUGGACGAGCCGGAUGAGGAUCCAGAAGAGUUUGACUAUGGAGACGAGGUGGUCGACUCGGAAGGCUUUAGGCAUGUCCUCCGUCACGACGUGGCGUACGUCAUGCGCCGUCGCGCAGAGGAGAGCUAUGGCUUGAACAGUCUGAACGCCGCCGUGGCGACCAAGUUUCCCGGCGCAGACCGUAUUGCUGGAAUCUGGGAGUUUAUCAACCACUUUGUCCAGGCUACCAACCCGGAGUGUUCUCAAUACAAUGGCUACGACCUCACCUACCAGGGCCUCUGGCCGAUCUGGACAGGUCUCCUCGGUGCUGAGGGCCGCGACACUUCAGCGCCGCCCUCUGCCGCUCUGUACACACUGCGCACUCACGCCGUGCCUCUGCCCGUGUCGCGCGAUGGGUCUGGCUCGGGCGCAUCGACACCCCGCCGAGGAACGGUCGAUGCUCAUGACGCAGAGUACAGCAGCGUUAUUCAGAGUAUCAACGCUAUGCGUGCAGAUGCUCAGGCUAUAGCGGCACCGGGAAGCCACAGGCUGCCGCAUACAGAUAAGGCGCCACAGCGCCGUAUGAUGCUCGCUGUUUGUGGCGAAAACCACGCGUACGAUACGAUGGAAGAGGUUCAUCGCCUUGUCGACGACAACCAGCGCACCAAAGCGGCGUGUUGGGCCUUCUUUGCUGGCGAAGAGGGCCCUGCCAUCACCAUUUUGAUGCGAUCAGAUGACGAGAAGCACCGCCUCAUGGGUGCCACGAUUGCCGGUUUUAUGACGCAAUCUCGCGCCGAACGCGGUUCGCUAUUCUGGCAAGAACACUGGCGCAGCAUGGUGGACAAAGUAGAUGACCCAUACAUCCGUGCGGUCCUGGCGCGGAUCGCGGGGGAGAACUGGGAGAGCAUCCUGUACGACGAGAGCUUACCCCUACUGGACCGCGUCGCCGUCGCAGUGUGUAAUUUGAGCGACAAGGAGCUCACAACGUUCCUGCGCAACCGCCUCACCCGCUGUGUCAACAUGGGCUCCCUCCCAGGCCUGGCUCUGACGGGCUUCACGCCGCCCGGCCUCCAACUCCUGCAACGCUUCGUCGACCGCACGGGCGACAUCCAGACCGCCGCCCUACUCUCGGCCUUUUUCCCGCGUGCGCACCUCACCAGUGCAGAAAUCGCCACCCUGGACCGUUGGGUCGACAGCUAUAGGACACUGCUCGACUCGUGGCUCAACUGGGUCAACAGGACCAGCUUUGAUGUCGAGGUGCUCGCCCAGCGGCGCCUGCUGGGUGACUCCGUAGCGGACGCGGUGCAGACUGUGGUCGUCUGUCCCGUGUGCAACAACCAGCUCACCAAGCAGACAGAGGAGAUGUUGACACGCAAGAAUGCACUGCGGGGUACAAUGAGGCUGCCGACAACACGGACACCUGGGUUGACAGCAAACGACAAGUCCCGAGCUGACACCUUCUGCAGACCGUCUCGUGCAUGUACUGCCAAAACGCCUUGCCACGGUGCAGUGUCUGUCUCGUACACGUCCGCCCCUCCACCGAACAGGGUGUCGCGGCGGACACGAUGGAGCAGGCAUAUGUCAGCUGUCAGACAUGCAGGCAUGGAGGCCACGCAGACCAUAUUCUCAAGUGGUUCAUGGGCGGGCUCGACAGCGAGCCCUCGCACGAAGUGUGUCCCGUCGCAGGAUGCGAUUGUCGCUGUGCGAGCCUCGUCUCGUCUUUACACCAAAGUGGCAGCCAAUGCAUGUGUCUCGUGUUAA